AUUUCAAUGAAGCAGUGCCAGAAACGGAGAGACUGGACUCCAAAGCUCUGAAGACUAGAGCUCAGCUUUCAGUGAAGAACAAGCGUCAGAGGCCUUCUAGAACAAGGCUGUAUGAUAGCAUCAGUUCAACUGAUGGGGAGGACAGCCUUGAACGAAAGAAUUUCACGUUCAACGAUGAUUUCAGUCCCAGCAGCACAAGUUCAGCCGAUCUGAGUGGUUUAGGAGCAGAACCUAAACCCCCAGGUUUCUCACACUCCUUAGCACUGUCGUCAGAUGAGAGCCUGGAUAUGAUUGAUGAUGAGAUCCUUGAUGAUGGCCAGUCUCCUAAGCACAGUCAGUGUCAGAGUCGUGCUGUUCAGGAGUGGAGCGUGCAGCAGGUGUCCCACUGGUUAAUGAGCCUGAACCUUGAGCAGUAUGUUUCCGAAUUCAGUGCCCAAAACAUUAAUGGGGAGCAUCUCCUCCAGCUGGAUGGGAGUAAGCUCAAGGCUCUUGGUAUGACAUCUUCCCAGGACAGAGCAAUUGUUAAGAAAAAGCUGAAGGAAAUGAAAGCAUCCUUGGAAAAAGCUCGCAAAGCUCAAGAGAAAAUGGAAAAGCAAAGAGAAAAGCUUCGGAAGAGGGAACAAGAGCAACUGCAGAGGAAAUCAAAGAAAACAGACAAGACUUCAUCAGAUGCAACAGAGGGCACUAAUGAGCAGUGA